AUGAUUUCACAGCUGGUUUUGAGUGCCAUCGUGUAUUGUCUGACUGCUCUGUCUACAUCAAAUUUGUCUACAAUAGAGACAAACGACGACAGUUCCAUGCUAAUCACCCCAUCUACAACAAUUUGCUGCUUGAUUGGACUCCUACAUGGAAUGAUAGACUGCUGCUCUUGUUCAAUGCGAGCAGUUAUUUGUACUAUUGCUUUGCCACGGAAGAGACUCCAAGCGUACUCAUUGGCCAAACUGUACCAGUCGGGCGCAUCCUGCAUAGCCUUCUUUUUCUCACCUCAUCUCACCAUAUUCUCCUGGAUGCUUCUUCUCACAGGUAUCCAGUGCUUGUCUGCAAUUGGUUUCGUCACCGUUUCGAGGCAGGUCGCAUCUGAAGAGCUCCUUAAGAGCAAAGAUUUGAAGCCAGCCAGAAUAUGCCCAGUGGAGAGCAGUCUUUCCUGA